GGUGCCCGGCGGCUGGCCAGGGGAGGACGGGUAUUGCCAGAUGGGACGCGAUCCCCCAGUGUCACCCUGCUGCUGGGCCAGGACGGCUGGGUGGAGCACGUGGACAACGGGAUCAGGUACACGUUCGAUGUGACCAAGUGCAUGUUCUCACCGGGCAACAUCACAGAGAAGCUGCGGGUGGCCUCACUGCCUUGCUCCGGGGAGGUCCUGGUGGAUCUCUAUGCAGGCAUCGGCUACUUCACGCUGCCCUACCUGGUCCACGCGGCGGCCGCCUUUGCUCACGCCUGUGAGUGGAACGGCCACGCUGUGGAGGCCCUGCGGAGGAACCUGGUGCUGAAUGGUGUGCAGGACCGCUGCCAGGUCCACCACGGGGACAGCCGGCAGCUGGAGCUGCGGGACGUAGCGGACCGGGUGAACCUGGGGCUGAUUCCCAGCUCGGAGGAAGGCUGGCCGGUGGCCUGCCGCGUCCUGAAGAAGGGUACGGGCGGGGUUCUCCACAUCCACCACAACGUGGAGACUCUCCCCGCACCGGCCCCACCACAGACCCCAGUCCCGCGGGCUGAGAGGGGAUCUCCGGAGGGAGCUGGUUCUGAUGGAGAGGCGCAGCCUCCAGCAGAUGACAGCAGGAAGGAGACGCUGGGAGCCAGGAUCAGACCUGAAUGGCAGAGAUGGGCUGAAGCUGCAGCGGCGCAGAUCUGGGGGCUGCUGGCAGAGCUGCACGGGGAGCCGUGGCGCACCAGCAUCCUGCACAUCGAGGCGGUGAAGUCCUACGCGCCACACGUGCAUCACCUUGUGCUGGAUCUUGAGUGCCGGCCAACACUGCCCACAUAG